GCCCGCGGCAGGCGGCGCUCAGCGAGCGGCGGAGCGAACGCAGUUUCCCCUUCGCUGCUCGCCCUGGUGACCUUCAGAUCAACAGAAAUGAACUCUUUUAUUGCCAGAGAGGGGACGAUUUCUCGUUGCAGGGACCCGCAGGUCAGGAUGAUGGAGGCUGUGGUGAACCAGGCCGAGAAGCACCUGGGCCAGCUGUGCUCGCAGCUGGCUGCCUACACCCGCCGCACAGCCAAGCUGAGGGACAAGGCCGACCUGCUGGUGCGCCAGCUCGGCGACUUCUCCAACACCGAGGACCACGAGCUGCGCACGGGCAUGCGGAUCCUGGCCGAGGACCUGGCCAUGCUGCAGGACUACAGGCAGGCGCAAGUGGAGCGGUUAGAGACCCGAGUCGUUAACCCACUGAAAGUCUACGGAGACGUUGUCAAAAACAAGCGAGCCGAGCUGAAGAAGUUCGCCGCUGAUCACAGUCGAGAAGUGAAAGUGCUGCAGAAACUGGACAGGAUCAGGAUGAAGAAUCCUUCGGACAGACAGACCAUCUCACAGGCGGAGGCCAACGCCCUGAUAGCCACUACCAAUGUCAACCGGAGCAUCCGGCAGCUGGAGGAGACCAUGAGCACCUUCCAGCUGCAGAAGCUGCAGGACAUCAAGAGGAUCUUCGCAGACUUCGUCACGAUCGAGAUGCUCUUCCAUGCAAAAGCACUCGAAGUUUACUCCAAUACUUUCCAGACCCUCAAAGACAUGGAUGUUGACAAAGACCUGGAGGCAUUCAGGGCAAGGAUCCAGGUGCACGACGAUGUCGGAGACGGUCACGCUAUGCAGCUGUCCAUUCCGAUGACUUCUUCGGGUCUUUCUUCACUGCCUCGCUACCCUAGCCCAACUCCUUCGUCUCUGAGACUGCAGUUGGACUACACCAAGAGGUCUCUCCAACAGGCCCAUCAGAGGCGACUGCCCCGGCAAGAGGAGGUGUGUGAAGAUGAUGAAGGUGAAGACGACGAAGAGGAGGAGGGGGAGGAAGAGGAGGAGGAAGAACUACAGGAAGAAGAAAAGGUGAAGGAGUCCUACGCUGCUAGGUACACUAGAAUGAAACGACAAAAGUCCUGAGGGUGGCCCUUGAACCCAGUGAACACCACUUACACACCAGCGAUUCCCACCCAGCCAGGUCUUCAUUGUGCACCACUUCUUAGCAGAAAGCGGGUGGGAUAGCGGCACUUCGGGCCGCGGCUGCAAUGGUCUCGCGUUGCGGUGACUCCGUUGGCUGGGGGAGUUCCUCCCAACGCCACCUCUAGCUUCAGGAAUAUGUAAUGAGUCUCGGUAGGCAGCCUCAUAUCAGAAAACCUUGUUCUGGGACAUGUUUACAUUCUGUAAUUUAAUUUGUGCUCCAAACCUGGAACAUGAACAGAAAUGAAUAAUUAAUGCUCAUUUUGAUGUAUUGGAGCCUUGUCGUCUGACUGCAAGAGCAAAUAGGAAAAAUGCUCACCCUGGCAAAUAAAAGCACCAGCUGCAUUAAGCUUUCGUGUAGAUUUGCUCGUUACUGCUUCCUGCCCUGGAAAAAAGGACCUGAGGUUGUAAUUUGGAAGAGUACGGUUUGAAGGAGACCGAUUUCAAAAUA